AUGUCCACAGCUGAUUCUUAUCCACUUCAACUAAAAGGCGAAAUCAUGGAUCUCGAAUUCACUGUAGAUACUGACCAUCGUAAGAGGAGGCGUAACAGAACAACUCAGUCAUGUCUCAACUGCCACACCUCAAAGAGAAAGUGUGAUAGAAAACGUCCUUGUCAGCGUUGCAUACAACUCGGCCUAACCGGCCUUUGUGUCUAUGAGAUCGAUGACCCAGCACUCAGAGAUGAUCCCACGAUCGAUGAAGCUACUCGUUUGAGAAACAGAAUCGCAGAACUCGAAAGUCUCGUCAGGGAGUUGCGUGGUAAACCACAUCCUCGAUGGGCUGAUGCAAAUUUCCGUGACGGAGAUCCCUCAGAAAGAUGGCAUUCACGAGCUGCCAAGAACAACAUGCAACUCAGACGACGCGGUCGGUCGGACGACGUACUAGAGCGUUCAAACCAAGAACCCCGCGGCUUGGUUUCAGCCGCUGGCGCUCCCAUCAAAAUUGAACCCGUCACAGAUAUCACUCAACCUCAUCUCUAUCGCUUCACGCCGUCGCCUCCCGCUAGUUAUUCUGCUUUUCAUUCAGAUAACUCUUCAUCCCCUCCAUUCGAGCGUCAAAACGGUCAUCAUUACAGCAACAGCUUACCAACUAAUGGGCGCUCCAUGCCGUACUCUUCCCCCACAUCCAAUCAGAACAUGACGUAUAGCCAUCACCAUACCGACUCCUCGUUUCAAGAAAAUGGGCACGUCUAUCCGAUGAACUCCGCCGAACAAGAUAAAGUUUUUGCCAACCACUUCUCAGAAUCCCCCGUCGCCCAUUCUUUUUGUUCCUGCCGAACAAAUCCUGCAACUGGUCACGCCCUCAUUUCUCUCAGUCAUCAGCUCCAAAGCACCCUCAACUCAUUACGUCAGUAUGCCCAGCAUCCCGAGAAUACCCAGUGCCAGCUGUUCAGGCGUAUCAUUGAAUUACAUGAUCUUAUGCGAACUAGUGGUAAUGAUCCGGAUGAGGCAUCGGGAUCACCAUAUGGAACCCUUCCCACACCUACUGAAAGCGACAUUUUGUCGUCACAUUCGUCCUCAAGUACCCCGUUCCACGGAUCCUCAUCAGCUUCUGUAUCAGAGUGGAAUGCCAUGGCUUCUUCGAGAUACAAUCCCUACUUCCCCGUGUCCCCGACUGAACAGGGUCUGUAUAGUAAUAUCAUCACAUGA